UUAUUGUUUUAUUAAUUGUUGCAUUAAGAGAUCUAAUAUCUUGCUUAAGCCAUGGGUCGAAAAUGCCGUUUUUCUCGACCGAAGGUCACUGCAUCUUAUUCAACUUACAAAUUAAGCCGUUCAGUAGAUGAUCCAAAACUGGAUAUACCUCCAAUUGAUGAAAAUCGUCGAUAUUGGUAUUUAACUCAUCGCCACAAGACGGAUAAGAACCACACAAAACUGCCGUAUGAUGAAUUGAAUGAAAUUAACAGCAUUAAACGUUUUGUUAAACCCGACCGAGAAUAUGUCAGCCGUGAGCCAAGUUUUACCAAAUUCAAAGUACCAUUCCAAAUGAUCUGCCAAGAACGUUACAAUAGCAGCGUUAAACGCUACGAUGAACAGUUUUGCAGGGAGAUAAACAAUCUAAUCGACAAUCAACCGACGGCUCGACAGGCAACGUAUUUUGUGCGCGUCGUGUCCUAUACGACAUUAUGGCCGCCAUAUCAUAAUGAGAGCGAAAUAAUCGAUACUAGUCGCCGAUUCUAUGCAUUAACUCAAAAGGAGCGAAAUCGCUUUCAUCAUAUAAUGUCGCAUGAUUACUCCUUUACUUGAGGACUGAAAGACCAAUAAUAAAUUUAUAAAAAAUGUCUUGAGUCAAAAUUGUGGAAAAAUGUUCAUGUACAAAUACUUUUCAAUAAUGCGUUUAAGCAAGUCAAACUAAGCAGUGUAUAUCUUG